UGCAGCGUGUUUGCAUCAGUUUCUCAAGGGCAUGCACCGGGAAAAAAAAUCUUUGUUAAAUGUACGUCAUUAAAAAGAUCAAGAAUAUACUAGAUUGUCUUCAGAAUAGCGAGUGCUUGUUACAAAACACACUGCAAUAACAGACAUUCUGCAGAGCGGUCGGACACCUACAUUUCCGUUUGUUUUAAUAUACCAAUUCAUGAAGGUAGGCCGCUGCACUCCAACAAUGGCAACGUACACAUGACCUCGUUCGACUCGACACUAAUGUUAAUGCACUUGUAGAACUGUGGUAAUCAAUAUCACCACAAUGAUGUAGCUCAUUGAGUGGGAUGAAUGAACUCAAUUUUCCAGGAACAUGGAAUCAGGAUAACCACCGUGGCAGAGUUGAGCUAGAAGAAAUACAACAUGUUCAUCACGCUUGGAUAUAUCUUCAUCUGGCUAUACCAGUCAUGGUAUGAAAAAACACAAAAGAUGAAGUAUUUCAGCCUGGUCCAAAGAUGUGCCUCUGCCAAGGAGAGUCUGGUGUUCAGGAACCUUCAGAAGGUAGUUCCAAGUCUCUCCGAGUCUUGCCACUUCUCUCCCCUGGUGGAACACGCAUUGCGUGGAUGGACGGAGGAGAUGCUGAUAGAAGACCAUGCAAAACAAGUGGUGAGGAUACAUCCAAAGCAAAAAGUUGACCUGCAGCGCUGGACGUCAUUCUUAAAAAGUCAGUCAUGGACACCAGAAAUGACAGCAAAUUCGGGCAAGCUAUACAUUCUGCUAGAGACCGUUCAUCCUGAUGAUGAAAAUGCCUACAUGGUCAGUGCUGGAAACAUUCCAAAGAGGAAAAGAGUUAAGGUAGAUGACUAUGGAAUUCCUCUUGCCUGGCGAUCAGGCAGUCCAUUUGGUGUGGUGGUCCUGUGUUCACCAGACCAGUUUGCCACUCUGGGCAAGGCUUUUGUGGAGGGUUGCCUCUUCAUGGAAGAUGUUCUGGAGAUACAAGAAAUGCUAUCUGUUGAAGUUGUCAGCCAGCCUGCACACUUGCUAAGAUUUGACAGCAGCACAGAUUACAUCAUUUCAUCAGGCAGUGACACACCUUGCAAGACCAACUCUGGUUUCCCUUUCCCCUCUAGGGAAGGGUCUCUAAGAAAGUCAUCUUUACACAAAGUUGAGGAGAGAACUGAAGUGCCUUUUGUUGUUGAUGAUGAUGAGGGUGAGGGUUCAAAAGUAGAGGACAAGGAAGAUGAGGAAGAACUUUUUGCAGUUAAUGAGGUAAAAGAAAUGAUCACUCAAAAUAAUUUGGACAAAUGCCAAAAUGAAGAUGAAGUGGAGGAUGAAGAAGAGGAAGAAGAAGAGGAAAUUUCUUUGAGAGAUAUGGUCUCAGAGGUUCUCAUAACUGACGACAGUGGGCCACAGAAAACUGCCAACCAUACUCAAAAAUCCAAAGGGAGGACAGCUAACCUGGUUGUGAAACCACCCAAUGUGCUAAUAUACUGUGGGAAAAAGGACUCUGCUAGGUUAUUCCUGAAGGCCAAGGCUGUGUUUGAACAGUGCCUUAGUACAGAUUCUUAUGCUAUAUACCACUUGAAACAUGACCAAGUUCACUCCACCCCAUGGAUUGAAAACACUGCCCUGCUCAUCAUUUGCAGCGACAAACUUUAUGACGCAACAGACAGUGAGUUCUUGGAAUAUUUUCAAAAAGGAGGGAAUAUUCUCAGUUUCGGAAGUCCUUUGGAUGGCUUUUUCAUCGAAAAAGAAGAAGUGGAGACUGCACCAGCAGCUAUUAUGUCUCUGACGUAUAAAUCGUGGAAGGAAGUGACGACAAUAUGCACCAGGUUUGCAUUUAGGCCUGAGACUGUGAAACCCAGUGUUGAAAUGAGAACAGUUGGGUUUAACCAGAAGACCAAAAAGCCGGCUAUUGUGAUUGUGAAAUCUAGGACAGGUGGAACUGCCAUCUUAUCUCAGGUUCUGCUAGAGAAGGAUCCAAGUGAAAUGGCAAUCAAUGCAGAUAUCUUUUCACUUUUGAAGCAAGCUAACCAUGUCAGAUUUGAGAUUCUGAGAGACAUGAUGUCCAGCCUGGGAUUCCGCUGUGAAGCUGUGAAAGCCUCAGCACUAACACCAGCUGUGUUGUUGUGUUGUGGCGAAGGCACAAGGAAUGCUUUCCUCUCCUCAAUACAGCACAGACUCAAAAAUGGCCUUCUAAAAUCACAGAAAAUCACCCUGAAUUUCUUGGACUCGAAGCGUGAUCUCCCAGAAACCAUCACCCCGGAUAUCCUCCCUAUUCUGACUAGAGCUGUGGACAGCAGGGUAGCUAAUUUUGACUUUGCAGCAUACAAAGAUAACCUGGGAACCAGGGUACUUGGACAGGGUGUACUUUACUCUGAUGUAAUGCAGUCUACUAUGCCUGUGUUGGAUGGAUUACUUUUUUCUGUGCCUGAAGAUAUUGGACUUAUAGCUAUCGCAGGUCAACAAACCAGUGGCAAAGGUCGCGGUGAAAAUACAUGGUUGAGUCCUAGAGGAUGUGCCUUGUUCACUCUGCACUUGAGAAUCCCACUGAAAUCCAAACUGGGACAACGUCUGGCUUUUAUUCAACACAUCACCUCUGCAGCAGUGGUGGAGGCUGUCACUAGUAUGCCUGGAUAUCAGGACAUCUGUUUACGUCUAAAAUGGCCCAAUGAUAUUUACUACAACAACGUCAUCAAGCUGGGAGGUGUCAUUGUUAACUCCACAAUAAUGCAUGGAGUAGUCCAUGCUGUCAUUGGUUGUGGUUUUAAUGUGAGCAACAGCAACCCCACAAUUUGCAUCAAUGACAUCAUCAAGCAGUACAACCAAGAGAACGGGACCUCCCUGCCACUUUGCUCAACUGAACAGCUAAUCGCACUCGCUGUGACUGCCUUAGAAAGACUUGUAGAUCUGUUUCAGACUGAAGGAGUGGAUGCUUUUCUGAAGAUCUAUUACAAAUAUUGGCUACACAGUGGUGCCCAAAUCCAACUGGAGCGAGAGGGAAACCUGGAGGUAGAGGUAACGGGGCUGGAUGAACAUGGCUACCUCCUGGUGCAGGCUGCCAGUGGCAGGUGUCUGAGUGUGCAACCAGACAGCAACAGCUUUGACAUGAUGAAGAAUCUCAUCAAGUUCAAAGAGAGAUAGUUAAUUGAGCUCACCCAAGAAGCUGUGAGCAGCACACGAGUUAGCGCAGGAGGAGUGUUUCUUUUUAACAUUGAGUAAUACACCGUGCCCUUUUCUUGAGUGCACUGCAUGGCAUGACUUGUUUUUUUUUCUUUAGACAGAGACGGAUUUUGCAGACGUGUUGAUAUUAAAUUUAAAGCUAAGACUUAAUAUGUGAAAUGAUAGUCCUUGAUAUACGCAUGAAACCGUCAAACGGAUUGUGAAGAAAGAAUUGUGAUAGGCGAAUAUUAAUACGCUUUAUUUAUUCAUGUUUGUUAUCAAUGUAAGUUUAUACAGUAUGCACGAUGGCACAAAAAUGAGUGAAAUGUCACUUUAGUAUUGUUUAAAUUUGCCACACCGUGCAUGUUAUUUUUCUGAGAAAAAAAACGUUGAUCAUGGUUUGAAAAUGGAUGGCUAGAUUAAUUAUGCUGUGUUAAUUUGAAGCACUGCUUUUAUUAAGUUGUAAUUUGUAAACGACUGAUGCAUAUCUACUUUUUGAAUUGAUCAUGUGUGUCGGUUUAAAGUUUUUUUUUAUUCACACAAUAUUAAGCAAGUACCAUGGGAUUUUGUUUGUUAAACGGUGCUGUUUUACGAGUGUAAACACAUUUUGUUUUAUUUUCAAUUGCUGGACAGAUUUUGGUAUUUUUUCGUCGCUGUUGACGUUGUUCAUGACCUUUUAAUGUUUUGAUCCACGUUUGAAAGACCUCUUACUCUUUGAAGUACCAUUGGGCAUUUAUUAUGUGUUCAGCUAACUAUUCAAUUCCCGAAGGUUUGAAAUCGUUUUCCCCAGCAGACGAUUGUCAGGACGAACAAUAUGACACACUGAACAGUUGGGAAAUUUCAAUGUAUGGUCUUCAUUCGAGUACUGAAAGAAAAAAAUUGGGGACGCAUUGUUGACAUUUCAUUUCUUUUCUCAUGAAAAUGACACGGAAGGCUGGGGUGUUUACACAGGCCCAGAUAUAUCUGAAUUGCUCCGUAUUGUGAUGGUCGGCAAGUUUUGUUCUGUGAUCAUUCUUCGGGUUUGGAUGUGGUAUUGUGAUUUGAGCCAGGCAUUCCCGUAUCCCUGCUCGGGUGCUUUGAUUCGUGUCUCCCGGGGUCAGGGGCCAACGAAAGCCAUAUACAUAUAUGCAGGGAGCUCGGAGGCUAUCAUUGGCGCUAUGCCAUGCAUAACCAUUAGCCCAAAGUGAUCAAGUACAAAUUAAGAGACCUGUAAUAUCCAGUAAGCAUCUGUGAUUGUCGCUUAGUUU